CUGCCAUCGGAUAUCCCCACUCCCAAGCAAGGGAAGACCCUGACGAUGAGGUUGAUGGAGCAGGCUGGAAAACUCGUGCCCGCGGUGUGCGUAAAGCGAAUGUUGCGAUCGACGCGCGAACAGCAUCAGCAGCAUUUUGUGGUCGCGUGUUUCACGUAACGGGCUCGAACGAUCUGUGCUACAAAUCUUCCGUACGUGUGUUCUAGAAAUUUUGCUAGAAGAGAACUCCUGCUGAUUGGCAAUUCCAACGGCAGUGUGGUGCGUGAUUAGCAUCCUCAGGCAAUUUCCUUCGUGUGAUCGCUGUGAUCCUACGCGAGCUAAACGUGUUGCUCGAUGUGUAUUUAAAACGCGACCGUUACGAUUUGAAGUUCGCGUCUGGAGAUCGGCAGGAGUAAUUGGGUUUCGAAAAUCUGUGAUAUUGUGGUUAAGUGCAUUCGGUUAUUAGUUAAUGCAAAUGAAUCCCCAAGAAGCUACGAACCACUAGCGAUAGAAUGCUAACGACGUCCUUAUUAUAACCGAUUGGUCGAUCGUUACGCGGCCAACAACGCUUCGAUUCGUGUGCUGUUUCAUUCUCGCUUUCAACAACUGCAUGACAUUGGACAUUGGCAAACGUGCGACCGUGUGUGUGUGUGUGUGUGUUCGUCUAGGCCAGUUGUCCUCGUUGGUGAAUCGCGAAUUAUCUGACCCAACCCUCCCUCUCUCUCCCAUCCCCCAUCUAUUCCUCUAUCCUUCUCGCUCCCUUUGCACCCGCUGCUGCCUAAUGAAUGACCAACCAACAUCAGCAGGAGCAGGAGCAGCAGCAGCAGCAGAAGCAGCCGGGGCAGCAGAAGCACCAGCAGCAGCAACAGCAGCAGGCAAUUGCAAUUACUAUUCGGGACACAUGCACCACGUCUGAGGGCGUCACGGGCGAACGCAAAGUGAAGCUAAUUGUCAAUCGAUCGUCCCCGGUGUCCCCGCCGCCAUCGGGUGAACCCAACUCUACCCGCACCACCCCCGAGGAGGACCCUGUCCCAGAAGUGCCGGUUAGCCCGCCAGUUCAUCCUACCAUGUCCAUUCCGCCGUUACCACAAAGUCUGGACGCUAGUCCGCACCACCAGCAGCAACCCCACCAGCAAACGCACCAGCAGCUUCAGUACCAGUACCAGCUGCACCAGCAACAGCUACAGUACCAGCAGCGACAGCAGCAACAGCAGCAGCAGCAACAGCAUGACCUAUUCAUGAUCGUCAGUAUUUGCCUUGGAUCGUUCAUCCUCAUCUUCGCGAUCGUUUACUUCGUAAGGAAAUUCUUUCAGGGUGGUCAAUUUAAGAAUAAAGACAUCCGGCUUGAUGCAAAGGUCGUCAUCAUCACCGGUGCAAAUGCGGGAAUCGGAAAGGAGGCAGCCAUCGAAUGUGCCAAGCGUGGAGCACGUGUCUACAUGGGUUGCCGCGAUCCGGGCCGCAUGGAGAAAGCUCGUCAGGAAAUAUUGGACAAGUCGGGGAGCCAGAAUGUGUUCGGACUCGAGCUUGAUCUCGCAUCGUUCGAGUCGAUCCGCAGCUUUGUCAAGACAUUCCUUAGCAUGGAGCGGCGGCUGCACGUGCUGAUCAACAAUGCGGGCGUCAUGGCCUGCCCGAAAGCCUACACCAAGGAGGGCUUCGAGAUGCACUUCGGCACAAACCACUUGGGGCACUUUCUGCUCACGAAUCUGCUGCUGGACGUGCUGAAGCGUUCUGCACCCAGCAGGAUCGUGACGGUUUCUAGUCUCGGUCACAAGUGGGGCCGCAUCAACAAGGAUGACAUCAACGCCGAGAAGGACUACCGGGAGUGGGACGCGUACAUGCAGAGCAAGCUGUGCAACAUCCUCUUCUCGCGCCAUCUCGCCAAGCGGUUACGCGGUACCGGUGUGAACACGUACGCGCUACACCCAGGCGCCAUCAACACCGAGCUUAUGCGACAUCUGAAUCCAUGCAUUAGAACGAUGGCAAAGCCUCUAUUUUGGGUAUUUUUUAAGACACCCAAAUCGGGCUCGCAGACGACGCUGUACUGCGCCAUGGAGCCAUCGAUCGCAUCCCACACAGGUCUGUAUUACAGUGACUGCAAGCUGAAGGAACCGGAACCACACGCACAGGACGACUCGAUGGCGGAAUGGCUUUGGAAUCUGAGCGAAAGGUUGACCGGCCUAUCACACUAAAUGCGCUGUUGCUGCUGCUGCUGUUACUGAUUUGUCUGUUCCCUGCGCCCUUACUCAUACCACUUCCUUUCCCCGUUCUCUAGCAGUGUAAAGAACAAGUGUAGACUAUUAUCAAUGAUAGCUUUGUACGUAAGGAUUAGAAACAAUACAGCAUUUCAAAACUCGAA